AUGCCUCCAAAGUUCGACCCAACGGAAGUUAAAUACCUAUACCUAAGAGCUGUCGGUGGUGAAGUCGGUGCUUCUGCCGCUUUGGCUCCAAAGAUCGGUCCUUUGGGUCUUUCUCCAAAGAAGGUCGGUGAAGAUAUCGCCAAGGCCACCAAGGAAUUUAAGGGUAUCAAGGUUACCGUCCAAUUGAAGAUCCAAAACAGACAAGCUUCUGCUUCUGUCGUCCCAUCGGCUUCCUCUUUAGUCAUCACUGCCUUGAAGGAACCACCUAGAGACAGAAAGAAGGACAAGAACGUCAAGCACAGUGGUAACAUCCCAUUGGAUGAAAUCAUCGCAAUUGCCAAGCAAAUGAGAGAAAAGUCCUUUGGUAAGAACUUGGCUUCCGUCACCAAGGAAAUCUUGGGUACUGCCCAAUCUGUCGGCUGUCGUGUCGACUUCAAGAACCCACAUGACAUCAUCGAUGCCAUCAACGCUGGUGAACUAGAAAUCCCAGAAAACUAA